AUGGAUUCUUUAGCAACUCAAUUAGAAUCCAAUUCUUCAAGAAAUACAUUCUUAUGUCUCUCACAAUAUUCCAUUUGUCUUACAGCUGGUUGUUUAUCAGAAAAAAAUAAAUGGCGUGAAAAUCUUCUUAAUUUAUAUGCACGUAUUAGUUUAUGUCGUACAAUUAAUCGAUCAUUAGAUUAUUUUGCUUGUCUUUCAAGAAUUCGUAAAUAUGGUCUUGGACAAAAUGAUUCAGUAUCAUCUAGUAUCAAUCGUUUUUUAACAUUAGCUGGUAAUCUUUUUGAUUUCAUUUAUUAUCCUGCUGAAUGUAUAGCAUGGUUAUAUGAAGCAAAUGUAUUUGGAGCAAAUCGAUCAUCGAGACCAUUUCGACUUGUUUCAUUAAUUUGUUGGUUAUCAAAUAUUAUUAUUUCAAUUAUUAGAAAUACACUUCAAUUAAUUAAAUAUAAAAAAUUAUUGAGAGCAGAAAAAAAUAAAGAUAGAAAUAGUAAAGAAAUACGAAGCCCAAUGGUACCUUUAUCGGAGAUGUAUAAAUGUAUGUUGACAUUAUUAAAUAAUAUUUGUUUUUUUCUCAAUUGUAUUCAUUGGCUUGCCAUACCAGGAUUUUUAUGGUCAGGAAAAUUACCUGUGUUUAUUGUUGGUUUAUGUGGAACUUUAGCUACGAUAUGUAAUAUUGUUAAAAUGGCAUUAUAA